AUGGGAAGUACUUGCUGCAAUAAACAACCUCAGCCAAACUCAUCUUCUGGUACAUGAUUAAUAAUAUCUGCAACAGAAAUAGUUUGUGAUAAUAGCAAUGUUUCUAUAAUUAAAAAGUCUAAUCAUUAAGAAGGAAGUCCAGGUGAGCCACCAUCAAGAUUGCCAUCUAAAGGGAUUUCUAUUCCUUAAAAUUACGAAGAAGUAUCAAUGUUAAACUAGCUGAAAAAUCAAGUGCCUGCCUUAAAAAUUAGCAAUACUAAAGGAACUAUGUAUGAUGAAAGAAAUUUGAAAGAUUCUAAGGAAUCAUUUGAGCCUUCAGAAAAAUCAGAUUAAAUAGAUGAAGGAAAUUAGAACCUUGUAGAGAGAAAAGCUGAAGUUGUUUAAAAUUCUUUAGAAAAAAUAGUUUAAGCAGAAAAAUUGGAGAGAUAAAAUGAAGCUUAAUAAAAGUAGUAAUAAGAUACUGGAACAAAAAAGUCUCCGGCAGCAUCUUAAAAGACAGUACCUCGUGGGCCAAUAGAUCAUAGUCCAAACAGAAAACCCAGUAUGGCUUCGGUAGGCUCAUUAUCUGUAAAAAUUGGGGUGGAAUUAUUCGUAAAUUUAAAAAAACAAUCGAUAACGAAAGUAUACACUCUCGGAUAGGUUUUGGGUUAAGGUGCUUUCGGAAAGGUAUGGAAAGUGACUCAUAAAACAACAGGUAUGAAUAUAGUUAAAUUUUAAGGUUUAAUAAGAGCUAUGAAACAAAUUCGAAAAUCAGAAUUAAUAAAGGAAGAUGAAUAAAAAAUGUUUUCUGAGAUGAACCUAUUAAAAAAUUUAGAUCAUCCUCAUGUUGUUAAAUUAUAUGAAUUGUAUUAAGAUUCUAAUAAUUAUUAUUUGAUAACCGAGUAUUUAAAAAAGAUAAAUUAGAUAUUUAUGUGGAGGAGAGUUGUUUGAAAGAAUAAAAAAAAUGAAUUCUUUUAGUGAGAAAAGAGCAAGUGAUUUAAUGAGACAAAUUUUAAUGGCAGUAGUGUAUUGUCAUGAUUAGAAAAUUGUUCAUAGGGAUUUGAAACCUGAAAAUGUGCUAUUUUCUGGAACAGAACCAGAAGCAUUACUUAAGAUUAUUGAUUUUGGAUGUUCAAGAAAAUUUAAUUCUCAAAAGAACAUGACUAAAAGACUGGGAACUGUAUGUAUUUAAAAAAUAACAUUAAGCCAUAUUACAUAGCACCAGAAGUCUUGAAUCACAAUUACAAUGAGAAAUGUGAUGUAUGGUCAUGUGGUGUGAUUUUGUAUAUCUUAUUAUGUGGAUAUCCUCCAUUCACAGGAAAAAAUGAGAAUGAAAUAUUUGAAAAAGUGAAGACAGGCAAAUUCAAAUUUCCAAGUAUAUUAUUGUUCAUAUUGAUUUUGAAUAGUUGAUGAAUGGGAUACUAUAAGCAGAGAAGCAAAAAAUUUAAUUUAGAGGAUGCUUUAAGUGGAUGUAAAUUCAAGAUAUUCAGCGUCUUAAGCAUUAAAUGACCCUUGGAUUUCAAAGCACGCUCCUAAUACUUAAAUAAAUAAAAAAGUUCUUGAGAACUUAGCACAAUUUCAAGCUAAAAGUGAGUUUCGAGCUGCCAUUGUGUAAUAUAUAAUUAGUCAGAUGACAACUAAUAAAGAAUUGGAAGAUCUUUAGAAAACAUUCUAAUCUUUAGAUAAGAAUAAAGAUGGAGUAUUAAAUAAAGCAGAAUUAGUAGAAGGAUAUACUAAAAUUUUAAAAAGUAGAGAAUAAGCUGAAGAAUAUGUUGAAAAGAUUAUUUCUAAGCUCGAUAAAAAUUAAUCUGGUGUGAUUGAAUUUAAUGAAUUUUUAAUGGCUGCCAUUAAUGAAGAAAAGAUCAUUCCAAUUAAAAAGGUUGAAUAAGCAUUCAAGAUUUUCGAUUCUGAUGGUGAUGGUUAUAUAAGCAAACAAGAAAUAGAAGAAGUCAUGGGGGAAUUGAACGCCGAUGUUUGGAAACUCUUUUUAGACGAAACAGAUGGAAACAACGACGGCAAGAUAUCGUAUGAAGAAUUCUCUAAAUUAAUACUGAGCAAAUGA